AUGGGAGGAUAUUUCAACAAUAGAACAUUUAAAAACAUAAUGAAUAAAACUUGUUCGCAAUAUUUUAAAGAUAAAAAAACACUUUGCAUAAAUCCAAUGGUUGCAACUUACACGGGUGGGGAACCGGAUUUAAAAUAUAUAUUGGAUAAUUAUCCAGUGGCUGCCACAUGUCGUUUGGCACAAGAACAAAUAUGUGCCAAGUAUACGGUUUAUAAUAAUGGAAUAAAAGGACCCAUGCGAACGGGAUGCAUUCAAGAAAAAAGAAAAAAUGAAAUAAUUGAAGUUUGCGCAUGUAGAAGCGUACCUGGACCUGAUGAAGAAACAUUCUAA